AUGCAAAAUCUAUUGAUAAAGAAAGAGCAUUCACUAAAGAAUACAUGGAAGAAACCUACAAUAAUUGUUCAUCAAUGUACCUUGGGUACUGAUAAUUACAAGCGAGUGUUGUGGAGCUUGAUACAUCUUCAUUUAGAACUAUGUCGCAUUGCACGUGAAUGGAAUCUGGUGUUUGGAAUUCAAAUGACUACCGAAACAGCAUCUUAUUCAUUACUUGGAACAUCAUUAUGCUUCUACUUAUACAAAUCGUUAAUGCAUCGAGAGCUAAUACCAGUCAGCGUAUGGUUUCGAAUAGCUUUCCGGAUGUUUAUGAUUGUAGGAAAAGUGUAUAUUAUAAAUUACAUUUGUGAAAAUGUCUGUUUUAAGGCUAACAAAAUUGACAAAAUAAUCAAUGAAUUGACUUUUCGAUUUGAUGACGUUUUGAAAGAGAUUUAUCAGUUCAAUUUGCAAACAAUGCAUCAUCCGUUGGAGUUUACUGGAAUGGGUUUCUUCCCCUUUGGUAACAAAUUCCUCAUAAAGUUCUGCGUAGCGAUUACAACGUUUUUGACCAUCGUGAUACAAAUGUCGACGCCUGAUUUACCUUUUAAAGAAUAAUCCACUCUGCACUUUAUAUUAAGUUUAGUAUCCCAAAAGCUCAUCAAAACAAUUAUUUGUAAUCACAUCGAUUGUAUGUAUGUAUAUCGCUUGAGCCAAUGUAGUAAUAAUUUAAAAAAACAAUUUGUUAUGUGAUCAGCAUAGAUAUUACUCGUAUUUACGCCGUAUUUUCGUCUUGCGCUUUAUUCAAUGUGGAACAAAUACAGAAAACAGUUGAAAAGAUCGUUUUAAUACAGAAUGUAAACGUUAAACAUUAAAAGCAGAAAAUAACAAUUAAGAAGAGAACGCAUAUGCGCAUACAUACAUGGAUCGGUUGCGCAUUGUAUGUGACUUCGCUUAAGGGCUGUUGCCGAUGAUUUCGCUUAGGGGCUGUUGCCCUGAGUCGUGAGAGCGGUAAGCGACGACGCCUGGGGGACUAUCGCCCUGAGUCGCUACCUGAUUGUUCGGAUGCGACAGCGCCUUAAGGUGUAGACCUUGGGUUGCCUUGGCUUAACACACACUUUAUUCAAUGUUCACAAUUGUGUCCUUUGUAUAGAAUUUCAAUGUUCGUCUCAAAGGAAAGGCAAAAUCUCGAGCGAUCUUUCGUGGCCACGUAACCGAUAUGUACACGUCGAAGUAACGAGGAAAAAUCGAAAAUCGGCCGUGACAACGAAGGAUCGAAAACGCCGGAGCCACAUCUAGCGACCGUUAAAACUUGUCCCUAAGAUACCGAAUUAUUUAUUUGUACAUAUAAUUGAUUGAUGUACCUAUAGGUGAAUGUGUGUGUGUAUGUGUCUGAGCCAUCCGACAAUCUCUCUUAUUCGCUUUAGUUAUGUCGUGCACGACGCAUGUGUUUACUACAUAAUACAAUUAAUGAUUCUACCAACUAGUAAUUUUCUUCUUUUUGUUGUGCUUACAGAUUAAUCACGUAAUAAUAUCUUUA